UUUCAGAAAGAGUCUUACUUUGAAAGGAUUCGCGAUGUCAUUUCCUGUUAAUGUAGAAUUCUCACAACAUCCAGCUACAGCUGCGACUGAAAGCUAACGCUAUCUAUUGUCACUGUAUCUUAACAAAAUAAACAGAGGGAAACCAUGUCAGAUACGGAGACAAAACCAUCCAGCCAAGAUGGAGGGGAUAAGAAGGAUGGAGAGUACAUCAAAUUAAAAGUCAUCGGUCAGGACAGCAGCGAAAUUCACUUUAAGGUCAAAAUGACGACACAUCUGAAGAAGCUGAAGGAGUCUUACAGCCAGAGACAGGGUGUUCCAGCAAGCACGCUAAGGUUUCUGUUCGAAGGACAGAGAAUCGCAGACAACCAAACCCCGAAAGAGCUGGGGAUGGAGGAUGAGGACGUAAUCGAGGUUUAUCAAGAACAGACUGGCGGGCUUUGGAAAGAUUGAACCCCCUGCAUUUCUAAUUUUUUUUCUUUCUUUUUUGUAUUUUAUUUUGUAUCUAUGUACGUAUUUUUGUUCAGUUUCAAACCAUCUGGAUCAAAACUGACUCUUAUCAGGGCUUCCAUGUUUGAGGGCAGAGAGGUGAACAGACUGAGGGCAGGGCAGCAGGGAUGCUAAUGUCGUUGACCUGAGAAAAAGCAUUCAAAUUGAGUGUUACUGUUAAACCCACUCUUACAAAGACAAACAUCUUGUUUAUGUUUGUUUUUUGGGGAGCCAAUCUUUUGUAAUCAUCCAUCUUCAAUUACUACAGGACAAGAGAAGUUAUCACAGGUGAAAAUCAUUCAGUGUGCAGCUUUGUUUUACCGUUCACCAUAGAAUUAUACAAUUAUGCAACUAGCAUUAGAAAUUUAUAAACAAGCCCCUCCUGUAUAAUUCAGGUGCUAACAAGUAGAACCAAAAAGGUUAAUGGUUAAGCAAACCUUGAGGUGCAUUGGGGUUUUUUUAACUUUGGAGUGCUUUGAAACAAGGUGGUCAAGGAGCUAGUGUUGUAGAUAGAAGAUAGAAUGGGAGGAUGAAACAGCUAUUGUGCAGCGCCCGGGGAGCAAUGGGGUGGGGGAUUGGAGGUGUCCGGUGCCUUGCUCAAGGGCACCACAGCAGGGCCCAGGAGGUGAACUGGGACCUCUCCAAGUAGCAGUCCACUUUCUAUAUUUCAAGUCUGUUCGGGGACUUGAACCGGCAACACUACGAUUCCCAGUCCAAGCCCCUACUGACUGAGCCACUGCUUGUAGUAAGAACAAGUGUACCCUGUGACAGAAAAUAGAUUAGAAGUGGCUCCAUCUUCUUUGUUUAAAAACAGGUUUGCCUGCAAUGCUUUUCUGUUUAGUUGGCAGGAGUUACCCAGUAGGACAUCAAAGAUGCAUUUAUUUGUACGCUAUACAUUUUGUCCACAUAUCUUCUGUUUGACAUUCAGCAGAGUGGGGUCAUUUUGACAUAGUAUGUGCAUCUAAACAAAAGGAUUACUGUGCAGUCGCUCCUCUUUAACACAUCAUGCAAAGGAGUGCUGUGUCUGUACAUUUGAAUCAUUUGCAUCCACAGCCUCUUUCAGAAGACCUGUUCCCACUAUCAGAUUGUACAUUUAAAGUAGUGAUGCAAUAAUUGUUGAGAUUUUAAACCCACUUUUAAAUUAUGGCUGUACUUUUCUUGUAUAUGUUGUAUUCAUAAUUAGCGUGUUUGAAUGAAAAGCCCUUUGUAUCUCCAGUGACGUCUUUUAUUUACAUUUGAGAGGUUCAUUGUGUGAUGCUAUAUCUGAAUAUAUAAACCCGUAUGGAAAUGUGUUGCUUGCUGACAGUCACGCAGUGUUAUAAACUGUCCUCCAGCAGGAAGUAUCUUGCACACAGUGACAUGUUAUACUGUGGGGUCGGUCAGCGCUUGUUUCAAAGCUUUUCUUUCUGUGUUUGGAUUCUCUGGGUUCUGUAUGAAUUUCUCGACAGGCUGAAGAUCACGAACGAAUUGAUAAUCGAUGCAAACAUUUCAAUUUCAGAAGCAUGUCAUCUGUUUCUACUGCCAUGCAUUAUGCUUUAGCAUCGAAGACAUAGGAAUAAUCAAAGUUUAGAAGACGGUUUCUUCCUUUUCUUACAUUUGAUUUUUCAAACCUGACCAAGUGAUCAUCUCUCUCAUCUCUCACACACACACACACACACACACACACACAGGAAGGGCUGUGAUUAGAGCCAUAACAGUGGGACUGUUCAUUAGAGGAACAUUGAUACAGAUGGUUUGAAAUUCUGGAGAUGAGCUUUUUGCUUUUUUUGAAUAAAAUAUUUAAGAAAAUA